AUGUUGACCGCGGGCCGGUCACCAUCACCCUGGACAUACCGUACCUCGAUCCUGCUCGCCCUAUGCACGAGCGUAAUUUCCCACACGUCCGUCCCGCCGUCCUCAACUGCCGUACACACCGCGACUCAGACUCCCACAUCAGCCCCAGCGAAUAUAUGUCCUGCGAAGAGUAGUCGGGAGGCAGAGGCGGAGCUGUUUAAUUUACCGCCAUGUCUGGAGACGCGCUGGGGUCCAGGUCAUGAUUUACACAUCGCCUCGGCAUUAGGGCCAACUACAGCUACCGGUGACUCAGAAGUUCGUCCGUCUGCUUCAAGCGACGCGAUAGAAGGGACGGCGAGCAAUACACCCGAUCAUAAUGCAGAUCUGGACCACGAUGCAGACUCCCUGCUUGACGGCGCUAGUUUCCUUUCAUUCGAAGAUUGGAAGAAACAGAAUCUAGCUAAGGUCGGACAAUCUGCGGAGAAUGUUGGUGGUAGACGGCCUGUGGUAUCUGGCAAAGACGAUCGCCGACAGCCAACGGGCAUCAAUAAUGCGCUAGACUCUUUGGGUGAUGAUGCGGAGAUCGAGUUGGAUUUCGGUGGGUUCGGAGCUGAAACGCCCGAGGCUAGCCCGACUGCUUGGGGUACGCAUAUCCCGUCGCGGUCAGGAGAGAACGCGGAUGGGAGAGGGAAUGGGGAUGUCGCUGCUCGUGGCGUGUCUCAGCGUGGUGCUUCGCGCCGCAAGGAUGCUGGAACUACUUGCAAAGAGCGAUUUAAUUAUGCUUCCUUUGAUUGUGCGGCGACGGUGCUGAAGACGAAUCCGGAGUGCAAGGGCUCGUCUUCUGUUCUGAUUGAGAACAAGGAUAGUUAUAUGCUGAAUGAGUGUCGGGCUCAGAACAAGUUUCUUAUCAUGGAGCUUUGUGAUGAUAUCUUGGUUGACACGGUUGUUCUCGCCAACUAUGAGUUCUUCAGCUCCAUCUUCCAUACUUUUCGAGUCAGUGUUUCUGAUCGGUAUCCAGCGAAACCUGAUCAGUGGAAGCAACUUGGGGUCUAUGAGGCACGGAACACUCGCGAGGUACAAGCCUUUGCGGUUGAGAACUCGCUUAUUUGGGCUCGAUACCUGCGCAUUGAGUUUUUGACGCACUAUGGACAUGAGUUCUUCUGUCCUAUUAGUCUGAUUCGUGUGCAUGGUACCACUAUGUUGGAAGAGUACAAGAAUGACGAAAGCUCUGACCGUGCUGAGAUUGAGGAGUUGGAUGUCAGUGAAGCCAAUCAGGUUCCAGGGUAUUUGGAGCCUAAACCUGCCGAGAUACCUGUUGAAAAGGUCAUCCCUCCAGCGGAGAUUGGCCCAAAAGUUGGAGAAGUCUGCCCAAAUCCUCCGUCGGAGCCUGUGUUGUCUUUCGUUGAACUCUUCAGGCCGGAAAUGUGUAGCAUUAAUGACGGGCCCCCUAUUGUCACUCCAUCGACCCCAGGAACUACUGCUCAGACCCAUCUACCGCCAAAGAACCACUCGAGUGCGGUACCGGGGGCCAGUGCUUCUGUGACCAAGACAGGAGGGCCACCUCUUCCCUCCAAGUCUGCGGAUGAAGCCCGGAAGUCCGGGGACACUCCCAAAGGCGCUGUGACUAUACCGGAUGCCUCGGCCAUACCUUCAGAGCCCACCCAGCAUAAUUCCACUGCGGAGCCCAUUGGGAAAUCCACCCAAAUCGUGAAAGAGGAGCACUACAAUCCUCCGCCAGAGUCUACCCGACCCACAAACACCCAACCACCAUCCUCUAAUCCUACCACCCAGGAAUCCUUCUUCAAAUCUGUGCACAAACGCCUCCAGAUGCUCGAGUCCAACUCGACCCUGUCACUUCUCUACAUUGAAGAACAGUCUCGUAUUUUGCGCGACGCGUUCAACAAAGUUGAAAAGCGGCAAUUAACCAAGACUUCCACUUUUCUUGAGAACCUUAAUAUCACCAUACUCAACGAAUUGAGAGAAUUCCGCGAGCAGUACGACCAUGUCUGGAAAUCCGUUGCUCUGGAGUUUGAGCACCAGCGUAUGCAGUACCACGGGGAAGUCCACUCCCUGAGCGCACAGCUAGGCGUCCUCGCCGACGAGCUAGUGUUCCAAAAACGAGUGACCGUGAUCCAAAGCAUCAUGGUCCUUUGCUGCUUUGCGGUAGUCCUGUUUUCUCGAGGGUCAGUCAGCAACUACAUGGAAUUCCCGGGCGUCCAAAGAAUGGUCGCUCGGUCCUACAGCCUGCGAUCCUCAUCUCCUAUUUUCGCCUCGGCUUCCCCGUCCGCGAGUCCAGGAUCCACACGGCCUACCUCCUCCUACCGACAGAACGCGGGCCAUCGCCGGAACCUCUCCGAUUCCUCAGACCAAGCUAGCCCUGAUAGCCCGACGGCGGCUUAUGCACCGCCCACUCCCACUUCAUCAUCUCCACGGGAAACAGAACCCGAAGAGCUUGUCAAGGCUGAGCAGGAACAGCUUCCGUCCCCCGAGUCUAUGUCUGUGCCCACUUUGCUUCUCCCACAACCCCGUCCACACAGUACCCCUCCUGUGAUGAACGGACACCCCGUCGACCUGGAUACCGACCCCGACUUUGAUACCCCCGUUGAAGACAGUCCGCGGUCACAUGAGUCAUGA